GCGCGGCCCCUUCGGCUCUCGGGCGGCAGGGGUCUGUCCCAGGCCCGCUUCCCUCCCGGGCACAUGGAGCUGCUGGGGCUGAACCGGAGCGCGCCGGGGCCGGAGCCCCAGUGCGGCCCGGGUUCCCCGUCCCCCAACAGCAGCGCCAACAGCAGCUGCGACUCUCCCCGGGGAGGCUCCGGAGCCGGCAGGUCGCCCCGAGAGCUGGAGUUGGCAGUGAGGGUGACGCUCUACGUCGUGAUUUUCCUGCUGAGCGUGGGCGGAAACAUGCUGAUAAUCACCGUGCUGGGCCUGAGCCGCCGCCUGCGCACGGUCACCAAUGCCUUCCUGCUCUCGCUGGCUGUCAGCGACCUCCUCCUGGCUGUGGCCUGUAUGCCCUUCACCCUCCUGCCCAACCUCAUGGGCACCUUCAUCUUCGGCACCGUGGUCUGCAAGGCUGUCACCUACAUCAUGGGAGUCUCGGUGAGUGUGUCCACCCUCAGCCUGGUGGCCAUCGCCCUGGAGCGCUACAGCGCCAUCUGCCGGCCUUUGCAGGCGCGCGUUUGGCAGACUCGCUCGCACGCGGUGCGUGUCAUCGUGGCCACGUGGCUGCUGUCCGGGCUGCUCAUGCUCCCCUACCCCGUGUACUCCGUGGUAAAGCCACUGAACCCCCGCGUCCAGCAGUGCACGCACAACUGGCCCAGUCCUCGCGCGCGCCAGGCCUGGUCUGUGUUUCUCCUGCUGUUCCUGUUCUUUGUACCUGGCGUCGUCAUGGCUGUGGCUUACGGCCUCAUCUCCCGAGAGCUCUACUUGGGGAUCCGCUUCCAGAGCCAGAGCCACGGGCAUGGGCAGCGGGGCCACAGCGGCCACCACAGACACGGUGGAUUACCUGGCGGGCCAAGCCCAGCACUCUCCAAUGGGCCAAGUCCCCCGGCAUCGGCUGGCCAGGAGGGGGAUGGCUGCUACGUGAAUCUCCUCUCAGAACAAUCGGGAAUGGAGCUCUCGGCACUGCCCUCCACUGCCUCUAGAAAGGACCCCCGAGGCCCCGGACCUGGGGGGAGCUCAUGGCCGCCUCAGGCUCAGGCUCAGCUGCAGGCCAAGAAGCGGGUGGUCCGGAUGCUGCUGGUGAUUGUGGGGCUGUUCUUCCUGUGCUGGCUGCCAUUGUACAGCGCCAACACAUGGCGUGCCUUUGACAAGGAAAACGCCCAUCGCGCCCUCUCCGGAGUCCCUAUCUCCUUCAUCCACCUGCUCAGCUACGCCUCUGCCUGUGUCAAUCCUCUGGUCUACUGCUUCAUGCAUCGGCGCUUCCGCCAAGCCUGCGUGGCCACUUGUGCGAGGUGCCGACCCCGCCCACCCCGGGCCCGAGUAGCCCGGGCUGGGCCCCGGUUAGGCGAUGACCAUGAACUUGACCAUCCCACUACCUCUCUGUCUCGGCUCAGCUAUACAACUGUCAGCACACUGGGUCCUGGCUGAGGGCAGCCCAAGCUAGGCAGUCCGCGUCUGGUUUUGGAAGACGUGGAACCAGUGCAGAGAUACACUGCCUCUUCUGCCUUGGGGAAUGAGUCCUUUCUGCCUUAGGGAAAAUGGGUAUCUUACUACAGGAAGCCUGGUUCCCCUCCCCCAACUCCUCCCCCAGGGUGGCACAGGUACCUCCCCCCAGGGACCAUAGGAAGUCUUACUCUGACCCUGAGCCCAAACAGUAAACUGCCACUGGGUACCCAGGACCAACAGUCUUGACAUGAAUACACUCCUAGCAAUCGCAUACCCCCAGACCAGAAAGACUUCCCUGACAAGGAGAGAGGACAGCCACCAUGGCAUAGUCCUACCUGAGGAGCUUCUAAAGGUAGCACAGGUGACCCCUGACCUACUAGGAGCUCCUCUGGUCGGGGAAAUGAACCUCACCUACCCCUGCACUGAAAUUCCCAAUCAGCACUGAGUCCUGGAUGGAGACCCAGCACUCCCCCUGGGAACGGGCUCCCCAGUCUGCACUGAGCAUCCUGGCCCUGAAUUUAGAUCCUGUUUCUGGUAGACCACGAUUCACUAACACCCUGCUCACAUAUACUGAAGAAUCCAAGAAGGUAAAUAAGACACAUGAAUGUCAAGGAAGAUGUAGGAAUAAACUUAGCCUCUGUUCCUGACACGAGUGUCCUUGUGGGGUCAGAAGUUACAGUCAGGCUCAAGACUAGAGUAUGGAGAGAACAGCCCCAAACCAAGUCCUUUGUAGAAAGGGAGGCUCUAGGCAGGGAUCUGCCCCCAGACCCUUUGCCUGCCCCGAUCUCUAUAAUCCCAAAUGUCUUCUCCAUGCACUCUCCUCACCUUCCCCAGUGUACCACCCGCUAGUUCUUCCACUGUACACAUUCCUUAUCCACAUGACAGCCUUUCAAGCACUUGAAUACAGUAAACCUGUGCCCUCUCUCUCUCUCUCUCUCUCUCUCUCUCUCUCGAGCCUUUUUCAGGCUAAACAUCCCCAGUCCUUCAGGACUUAAAUUGAGCUGUCAUUUGUGUAGCACUUUUAAGAUUGACAAAGUGCAUCUGUUCCCUUCAUUCCUUCAUCUAGUCUGAACUGUAUGGACUUUAGUCCCCCACGCACUGAUUGCCCUCUUGUGGACAUUGUCCAAUUUGCCAGUGCCCUUAAAAACAGUGUGCCUACAAGUCACCACAAUACCCCAGAGAAAGGGUCUGAGAGAGGCAGAGUCCAACAGUGGAACUGUCAUCUUCCUUGCUUUGGACUUUUGCCCAUUAAGAAGAUGUUAGCUUUUCUUGACUGUUUCUUGCAAACAUGACCAGCAUUCCUCUUUCCCCAAUAAAUUGUUAUUGCUUAAAAACUUCCAUGGCUUAGCGGAGGGUGGCAGUGGUUUGAGUGGCCAGGAGACUAGGCACUAGGAUAAAAUUUACUGUUACUCUGAGCAGAUUUCAUGGUGUGUCAGGGCAAGCUCAUCUGGGCUCAAGGCCACUCUCUCCAUAAGGAGGUAUCCUUACCUUUGCACCUUGGGGAACUUAAAACAAAGGGAUACCUCCAGUAACAAGAGAUGGAAGAAAACAGAAGAAAAUCAGAUGGAAAGGCAGGGUCUGGCCAGACAAUGAAGAAACUCAAAUACCAGACAAAGGGGUCUGAGCUCAUGACCAUAUAACUUAGCAUUUCCAACAUGUUUAAAAGUCUGUGUGAAGUGUGUGCUACAGGUCUCAGGUUCAGAAUGAAUUAAAGAGCCUUUAUUAAGUGUUUACUAUGUAUCAGCUUCUGUGCUCAGACCAAUUUGCCUUUCUGUUAGAAAUUUGUCUUGGGGUCAAGGGACAGGUUGGGCCUGGAUAGGGAAAGGGAACAGCUUCUCUUGGAGCCCAGUUUCCAAGGCUGAUUAGUGCUCCAGCUGCUGGGGAGUGAAGAAAGCUUCCUACAGAGACCUACAUUAGUGGAGAGUAGGGAGAGGAUGCUGGUACUCUGGGUUCUAGGAACUAGACUUGCCCUGUAGUCAGUCUCAUGGAGGCAGCUUGGUGCAAGAGGAAAGACUCCUGAGCUUGUGAGACAAGGGAUAGGAGUUUAGGUUCUAGCUUAUCCCUCAGUUCUUUGUAUAAUUUAGAUCUCUGGAUCUCAGUUUUCCUGUCUAAAAUGAGGGGGUUGGACUAGCUGCUCACCAGCUAACACUUGAUAGCUUUGAAAACCUAUUGUUGUAAUAUGAAUCAUGCUCAUGGGUGGUAUUUUCUCAGGAGGCACACAGGAAAAAAAGACCAAGGGGAGGGGGGGAAACUGAGGAGAAGAAAUAAUAAAGAAAAAGGUAUAGAUGUGGCUGAGCAAGGUAAGUAAGAGAGGAUAAAAUGGGAAAAAAAGGUAUGAAAGGGUAAAUAGAAGUGGGGUUGAAGGAAAUAAGGUAGGAUAGGGAGAUUGAGGAAGGGGUUGGGAUAAAACUGGAAGAAAGGGUGGGAGGACUAGGAAAAAUGUGGAGAGGGUGGAAAUAGAAAUGUGGCACUAUAGAGAGUGGAAGAAAUAAGAAAAUAUAAAUCGUAGAGUUUGAGCUAUCAAUGUGUGAUGAGACCAUCAGAUCCUAUUCUUUCCUUUUACAGAUGAGAACACUAGAGGCCCAGAAAGGGCAAGUGAUUUCCCCCAGAUUACACAGGUUUUGAAC